AUGAGAUCUCUUCUCUUUGUACUAUCACUCAUUUGCUUGGGCUCUCAAACAGUACUUUCAUGGAAGAAGGAGGAGUUUCGCAGCUGUGACCAAACUCCAUUCUGUAAACGCGGUCGAUCCCGUACUCCCGGCGCGUGUUCUCUGAUUGUCAGCGAUGUUACCAUCACCGAUGGAGAUCUCGUAGCGAAGCUUUUACCGAAAACCCCUAAUCAAGGCGAUGGGAGUCAGAUCAAGCCGUUGAUUCUGUCUCUCUCGGUUUACACCGAUGGGAUCGUGCGGCUGAGGAUAGAUGAGGACCAUACGCUGAACCCGCCGAAGAAGAGAUUCAGAGUUCCUGAUGUGGUAGUGUCUGAGUUCGACGCGAAGAAGAUCUGGCUGAAGAAAGUAGCGACGGAGACGAUCGCUGGAGACGCUAGUCCUUCUUCAGUAGUCGACGUAUCGGACGGCUACGAGGCGGUGGUGCGGCACGAACCGUUUGAGGUGUUCGUGCGCGAGAAAUCAGGUGAUCGCCGCCGCGUUGUGUCUUUGAAUUCUCAUGGGUUAUUUGAUUUUGAGCAGCUGGGGAAGAAAACCGACGGAGAUAACUGGGAGGAGAAAUUUAGAACUCAUACAGAUUCGAGACCAUCUGGUCCUCAAUCGAUUAGCUUCGACGUUUCGUUUUACGAUUCCAGUUUCGUUUACGGAAUUCCUGAGCACGCCACUAGCUUCGCCUUGAAGCCUACAAAGGGUCCUGGAGUUGCGGAAUCUGAACCCUACCGGCUAUUCAAUCUAGAUGUAUUCGAAUACGACCAUGAAUCACCAUUUGGGCUUUACGGGUCGAUCCCAUUCAUGGUUUCACACGGAAAAUCUGGUAAAACUUCCGGGUUUUUCUGGUUGAACGCUGCGGAAAUGCAGAUUGAUGUGUUGGCUAAUGGAUGGGAUGCAGAGAGUGGUAUUUCAUUGCCUUCCGGUCAGAGCAAGAUCGACACAUUAUGGAUGAGCGAGGCAGGGAUUGUGGAUACAUUCUUCUUCGUCGGGCCUGAGCCAAAGGAUGUUGUGAAGCAGUAUGCGAGUGUGACUGGUACUUCAGCCAUGCCUCAGUUGUUUGCCACUGGUUAUCACCAAUGUAGGUGGAACUACAAAGACGAGGAGGAUGUGGCUCAGGUGGACUCGAAAUUCGAUGAACACGAUAUUCCUUAUGAUGUUCUCUGGCUUGACAUCGAGCACACAGAUGGGAAAAGAUACUUCACAUGGGAUAAUGUGUUGUUUCCUCAUCCGGAAGAGAUGCAAAAGAAAUUGGCUGCAAAGGGUAGGCGUAUGGUGACCAUUGUGGAUCCUCAUAUCAAGAGGGAUGACUCGUACUUCUUGCAUAAGGAGGCUACUCAGAUGGGAUACUAUGUUAAGGAUUCAUCAGGAAAAGACUUUGAUGGUUGGUGCUGGCCUGGUUCAUCAUCUUACAUUGAUAUGUUGAGUCCACAGAUUAGAGAUUGGUGGGGCGGAAGGUUCUCGUAUAAGAACUAUGCUGGUUCAACUCCGUCGUUAUAUAUCUGGAAUGACAUGAACGAGCCUUCCGUAUUCAAUGGUCCAGAGGUUACUAUGCCAAGGGAUGCAUUACAUGUUGGGGGUGUUGAACACAGGGAAGUUCAUAACGCUUAUGGAUAUUACUUUCACAUGGCAACUUCCGAUGGACUUGUUAUGCGUGAAAAAGGAAAAGAUAGGCCUUUUGUAUUAUCUAGGGCAAUCUUUCCUGGUACUCAAAGGUAUGGAGCAAUCUGGACUGGAGAUAACACAGCCGAAUGGGAACACCUUAGAGUCUCCAUUCCGAUGGUAUUGACACUUGGUCUUACUGGAAUCACAUUCUCAGGAGCUGAUAUUGGUGGGUUCUUUGGAAACCCUGAACCAGAACUACUAGUUAGGUGGUACCAAGUGGGUGCUUACUAUCCAUUCUUCAGGGGUCAUGCUCAUCAUGACACCAAAAGACGAGAGCCUUGGUUGUUUGGUGAACGGAAUACAGAAUUGAUGAGAGAUGCCAUACACACUCGUUACAUGCUGCUCCCGUACUUCUACACAUUAUUCAGAGAAGCAAACGUUACAGGUGUUCCUGUUGUACGCCCAUUAUGGAUGGAAUUCCCACAAGACGAAGCUACUUUUAGCAACGACGAAGCCUUCAUGGUCGGUAAUGGUCUAUUGGUGCAAGGAGUUUAUACUAAGGGAACAACACAUGCUUCAGUAUAUUUGCCUGGCAAAGAAUCAUGGUUUGACCUGAGAAAUGGAAAGCCAUACAUUGGAGGCAAGACAUACAAGAUGGACGCUCCGGAGGAAAGCAUUCCUGCGUUUCAAAGGGCGGGAACUAUUAUCCCGAGGAAAGACCGGUUUAGACGAAGCUCUUCCCAAAUGGACAAUGAUCCUUAUACUUUGGUGGUAGCUUUGAACAGUACUCAAGAAGCAGAUGGUGAGCUCUACAUCGAUGAUGGCAAAAGCUUUGAAUUCAGGAGAGGCUCUUACAUCCACCGACGCUUCGUCUACUCCAAUGGUAUUCUUACAUCAACGAACUUGGCUCCACAAGGUAGCCUCUCUUCCCACUGCUUGAUCGACAGAAUUAUCCUCUUGGGACACGCAUCGGGUCCGAAAUCUGCACUGGUCGAACCGUUGAAUCAAAAGGCAGAGAUUGAGAUGGGACCAUUGCGAAUGGGUGGGCUUGUAGCUUCCUCAGGUACAAAGGUCUUGACUAUUCGCAAACCGGGUGUGAGAGUGGACCAGGACUGGACCGUUAAGAUUCUCUGA